GACGCCCUGACGUCGCGUCGGUCUAGGCCAAGUCAAAAUAUUUUGGUCUGGAAUGAAACUACCAAACCAUUUCCCAUAGAUAAUCCAGAGGAACGAAGCAUUCGAAGGCAUACAUACAAACAUAUGCCUUUGCUUGGAGCUGAUGGGUAUCUUGCCAAACAGUGUGUAAUUUGAGGUGUGCAUAGAAGUUUCCCCCUUGUGCUUUGGAGUCUGUGAUGACGACUACAUGGUAUCGUCUAGCAAUGGCACAGAACCAGUACGCCCUGUCUGAACGCCUCAUCCGUGCCAUUAGCGGCUGGACCAUGAACCCACAGGAUACAGUUGAAAGCUUAAUUGCUGAGGGAGCAGACAUCAAUCGAACACAUGGAACCCUACUGCCACUUCACUGUGCGUGCAUGUCAAGGGACAGUGAGUGCGUUAAAUUGCUGCUAAAGAGUGGUGCUGAGGUCAAUCGUGUUGAUGGCUAUGAACGCACUGCUAUACACUACGCUGCAGAGAAGGACCCUGCAUGUUUGUGUGUACUUUUAGAGAACGGCGCUGAGAUCAAUUGCCGGGAUGGAAACUAUGACACCCCGCUGCACUGGGCCUGCUUCCGUAAUAAUGUGGAGUGCGCAAAGUUACUCCUGGAGCACAAUGCUUUGGUCGACGCGCUGGACUUCAAUCACGACACCCCACUCAGUUGGGCCUCACUGAAGGGCAAUCUGGAAUGCAUGAUGUUACUGCUGGAGUACGGUGCUGAGACACACACUACCAACUGCAACGGCUUGUCACCGCUCCACCGCGCCUGCAGUAUGUUUGCCCUGGGCCUGAGCGGGGAGCGAGACCGUCAGUGCUUGAACAUCCUAUCCCAGGCCACUGGACAGAUUGACCUCAGGGAUCACAAGGGUGAGUUCCCACGUGUCAUCAAUGAUGAUUCUGAACUCAAGGCCAUCAUAACGGGUAUCUGCUGCUCACCUAGGCUCCUCCGUCAGCUGUGUCGUUAUAAGAUUCGUCAAUCAUUGAUAGGUGGUAACAGACAGAAACUGAUGGGGCAGCUACCCCUUCCAGCUCCUCUGCAAAGAUACCUUCUGUUUCAGAAUGGUGAAUGAUUUUUAUGGCUAGUAUAGUCUCAGCAGGCAAAAUAAAAGCCCUAAUUUUUUAA